CGCCGUGAUCAGCACACAGCAACAAUCAGCUAGUCAAGUCUUGCUAUAUAUCUAYAUAUACGCCUCAAGACGAUAAAAYAGUUCACAGCAAAAGUCAGGUUAUCCAGUUAAUCAAGAGAUGACGCUUUGCAAGGCCUUGUGUGCCCUCAUAUUGGUCUUGYUUYUGAACAUCGGCUUGAAUGGCGCGUGGGCUCGCCCCGAUACACACAGCCCCAAGUUAGUUUCGUCCUCAAGGCAUGUCAUAAARCAUGAGUCUUCAAGCCAUUAUCCAUGGCUUCUUCCUUAUCAAGUCAAUCAUCGUCCAGAAAUUCUCAAUACCCUCACAAACCGUACGYUAUCCGUUGGUCACGGGGCUUCCUUUAAAUGCCGUGUAGCUGGGAACCCAAAACCCCGCAUCAAAUGGAAGAAAAAUGGAAUCACUAUCGACGAAAACAAAAGGAUCAAAGUACGAUUUUUCGAUUGGGGRUCACGCCUGCGCAUUAGAAACAUACAGMAGUCCGAUGCUGGGGUAUACAGGUGUAUAGCCAAAAACCCGCAUGGUAAUAGGGUUUCUUCCCCUGCUUACGUUAAGAUYAGAGAUAAUAAGAAAGGAAGGUGUGAGGUGUACACUGGAUCGCUAUGCAACACCAACCUGUUCCAUCUYUCAUACGGACAAAGUCAGMACAAAAUUGAAAAGUCGAUCUCAAAAACURUCAACUCACUCAAAGGCAUUGCUAGUCCAAAAUGCAUAAAACAGCUCASCCGAUAUUUAUGCCGCAAGAAUUACCCAUCAUGCACUUUGAACAGCAACAAUAAACCUCGAAAGGUGUGCCGGGAAGACUGCCAUGAACUGGAAAAAAGAGCGUGUCGUAAAGACAUUCCACGAUUUGGUCCAUUCUGGCGCAGGAUAGUCACGUGCGCGAAUUUGCCAUCGGUUGCCAGGCAACCUGAUUCCAACUGCCAGCAGGUUUUUGGCUAUAACAAACCUAUACACAAGAAGACCAUCUCUCCUAGUGUUAAACCACCACCAGACUAUACCCACCAUCAUCUAAGUAAUCAAUGUACAAGUUAUAAUGGUCAAUUCUGCAAGGAAUACAUUACUUCUGGUACAACAAUUGUCAUUCAUGGAAAUCAAACACAAAUUAAAGCUGAGAAGAGACUUGGUCGAUUGUUUCAUCGACUUCAGGGAUACAUAUCAAGCAACUGUGGGAUUUAUCUCAAGAAAGCAUUAUGUUACCACGUAUUUUCUCCCUGUUCUAAUGACCCCGUUCCAAAACCAAAGCAUAUUUGCAGACUUCAGUGUGAGAUACUUCAAGGGAGAGUGUGCUCAAAGGAAUUUCAACUCGCUAAAGUCAUAAAGGAAGACACGUUUGAUCUACCAAGGUGUUACACGCUUCCACCAAACCAAUAUAACAGCAAAAAACAACAAUGCAUCAGCCUUGGAAUCAAUGUAAAUGACCCAGCCAACAGCGAUUUAGACAGAUGUUCAGCGUUUCUGAAAAGAACAAAGAAAAAAGAUUUACACCAUUCUACUAUCAAGCCGUUAAGCACCAAAUACAAAUUAUGUYCAAAAGAACUGUUUGAUUCUCCUUUGAUGGCCAAACUACCAAAUGACAUCACAAAAUUAUUGCUAACUGUUCAAAGUAAAGUUUUCCAAAGCCAAAUUGUAGAAACAAAAAGAAAUGCCAAAACUGUUUAUUGCAUACCGCUCAAUACAACCCUUAAAUCUCUUACUUGGGACUGGAAACAUUAUCACAACACUUCACCACUACCUUACGUCCAAAUUCAACCGCGAAGCGUCAACAUUCCUGGGAUCGAGGUCACAAUUGAUCGUUUUUCAUCUGUUGAAACGAUUCUCGUUCCUUUUGGUACAGCGGAUUUAUACAAAGCGCAUGCGAAGAUUCACCUUGAAAACGUCACGUUCUUUUAUCGAUACCAUUCCCCUAAAGGAACGUUCAUGGCUAAAGGAAAAUACCGUCUCUGCGAGUCUGUUUUUGAUGUUGUCUUGGUUACUCUUCCUAAUGGUGCGAUGAGGAUCACGGGAAAUUCAAGCAUUCCAUUAGAUAUAAACACAGUCGAGAGAGUCUUUGGAUUGGCUAAGACAUCUUCAAGUAUCCAUGACGUCAUUCGACGGUCAGAGCUUCUAUUGAUGCGACUGGUUAACCCAUCUAUCGAGGUCUACAUCGAUAAGGAUCUUACUGUCAAGUUCAGUGGUCAGUCGUAUUUGGGAGCUGAAGGGCUUCCAACUUUCUUGGAAUUCCACUGUGGGAAGCUUUCAAACUCGGAUGUACUGGYGACAAGUCUGUCAACUCAAGGUCUUGCAUUUAACGAGGCGUUGAGGAUAUACGCUGGGGUUAACCUCCCAUCAUUUGAUUGGAUGAGGCAGAGCAGUAAUGAGUCAAAGGUUGGCGUCCUACUAUCAACAGCAAAUCUACAAGCCGAUUCUAACCUUCAAAUAAAAGGAGAACCACUGAACAGUAGCCUUGAAGGCUCCAUCCCUGCUGGACUCACAAUGGUGGCACAAACUCGAGUUCCAGCUCACUGUAAAGGGAAUCGAUUUUGUGAACUUGUGAAAGUGAUUUUUGGACAAGACAGUUUGUUCAAAGUGAAGAUCAUAUCAAAUGCAGAUCAAGUGUCGUUUGACAUUGGUUUCGACAAGGCAUCCCAUCAUGCUUUGAUCAAGUACAAGACAGUUAAACUCUCAAUGAACGUUGUCAAAGGGAAUAUGACACUUAUUGAUGUCCUUCCCUUGCUGAGCUUCAAAGCCAACGGUUUUAUUAAAAUGUCAAACACAAGCAAAGAAAACCUCUUCUUGGAUGGAAAACUAGAUUAUGAUGGCGUCCUGUCCAAGCUUAACGGCGUUUUUCAGGUCAAUCAGGAUUGGGUAAACGCACUUGGCAUCAAAUACCUAACACUUAGAAACCUUCAUGCAAGAUUUUCACUUCCAACUGGCCCAUCAAAUUCAGAAACUAAACAUGUACUGAAUACAAGAGGUGAUCUAUAUUUUGGUGCUGGUUGCCCGCAAUUUAACAAGUCGCCAACAAAGGCGAGCUGUAUCACUGGUCARGUGUUUCUUGGUCUUUCGCAAGACAUCAGUCAACAUUAUUUUUAUGGCAARUUAGGACCUGUCAAUCUWAAGCAACUWUUUGCGGCGUAUGGUUAUGAUGUCAAACUACCUCAUGCAGUCGAAACAAUAGGAUUUCCAAAAGGUCUAAAG